UUUUCCUAUAACACAGAGGGGCGCCUGCUUUCCCUCGGGAAACCUGGGGAGACAACGCGUGCUGAAGCACAUUAAGUGUCAACAGCGGAAACUACAGGAAUCCGCCCUAAACAAUAACAACCACACCGCACUCAGCACGCGCUCCCGGGACAGGACGUUGCCUUCGCCGAGCGCCGGUUUUGUGCGGCACGAGCCGGGUCUUCAGGCGGCGGGUGGGCGCGCACUGUGGCUCAGCAGAUACAGUCAAAACACCGCCCUGUAGGGGUGCGGAGACGCUGUUCCCUCCGCGGGACUCGUAGAGCCUUUGUACUAAAGAAAGCCGGAAAUGUUAGCACACCGAGCAGGCAGGCGGAUCCGCGGGCAGCCCGCGCGCUCGAGGUCCCCGGCCGCGGCGCGGCGUGGCGGGAAGGAGGAAGUUUCAAAGAGGAGUAGUGGGCUCAGUUGCACCUACUCGGGCAAGAUGAAGUUGCACUGCGAGGUGGAGGUGAUCUGUCGGCAGUUGCCGGCCUUGGGACUGAGAAACCGAGGCAGAGGGGUCCGGGCGGUGCUGAGCCUCUGUCAGCAGACGCCCAGGAGUCAGCCGCGGCCGCGGGUGGGGGUCGAAACGGGCGGCCCGCGACCCGCUUGCCUGCUCAUCUCCACCCUGAAGGACAAGCGUGGGACCCGCUAUGAGCAGCUAAAGGAGAACAUUGAGCAAUUCUUCACCAAAUUUGUGGAUGAAGGGAAAGCCACUGUUCGGUUAAAGGAACCUCCUGUGGAUAUCUAUUUAAGUAAGGCCAAUUCCAGUAGUUUAAAGGGUUUCCUUUCAGCUGUGAGACUGGCUCACCAAGGUUGUGAUGUUGAGGCACCACUUUCAACCCUCACACCAGUAAAGACUUCAGAAUUUGAAAAAUUUAAAACUAAAAUGGUUAUCACAUCCAAAAAGGACUAUCCUCUAAGCAAGAACUUUCCAUAUUCUCUGGAACAUCUUCAGACUUCUUAUUGUGGGCUUUCCCGGGUUGAUAUGCGUAUGCUUUGCUUAAAAAACCUUAAGAAAUUAGACUUGAGUCACAAUCAUAUAAAAAAGCUUCCAGCUACAAUUGGAGAUCUUAUCCACCUUCAAGAACUUAAUCUUAAUGACAAUCACUUGGAGUCAUUUAAUGUGGCCUUGUGUCAGUCUACACUCCAGAAGUCACUUCAGAGUUUGGAUCUCAGCAAGAACAAAAUUAAGGCACUCCCUGUGCAGUUUUGCCAGCUCCGAGAACUUACAGAUUUGAAACUUGAUGAUAAUGAAUUGAUUCGAUUUCCUUUCAAGAUAGGACAACUGAAAAACCUGCGUUUUUUGUCAGCAGCUCGAAAUAAGCUUCCUUUUUUGCCUAGUGAAUUUAAAAAUUUGUCUCUUGAGUACUUGGAUCUUUUUGGAAAUACUUUUGAACAACCAGAGGUCCUCCCAAUUAUAAUGCUGCAAGCACCAUUAACUUUAUUGGAAUCUUCUGCACGAACCAUAUUAUAUAACAGGAUUCCAUAUGGCUCUCAUAUCAUUCCUUUCCAUCUGUGCCAAGAUUUGGAUACUGCAAAAACCUGUGUUUGUGGAAGAUUCUGUCUAAGCUGUUUCAUCCAAGGAACUACUACCAUGAAUCUACACUCUGUUGCUCACACUGUGGUCCUAGUAGAUAACAUGGGUGGUACUGAAGCACCUAUAAUCUCUUACUUCUGUUCUUUAACCUGUUACGUAAAUAACUCUGAUAUGUUAAAGUAAUAGGUGAUGCCACAAAAAGAAAUUUCAUAUAAUUGCAAAUCAGUUUGCUAUUCAUUUAUGAUUUCGGUGUCAAAUUGGAGAAAGGGAAGCUUUUUGUAUACUUGCUUGAAGGGAGGAAUAUGUGUUGUUCCAGCUUUUUAAAUCAUUUGAUUCUAAACCUUUGAUUUCAUUAAAACCCAAUUUAAUUUUAU